UAUUAUAAAAGCUUAAAAGUGUUGAAUCAUUUCUCUUGUACGAAAAUAUUAAUAAUAUUUGACAUUCGUUUUUUUAUUAAUAUUACAUAUCUAUAUUUUCAAACGAAAACAAAAAAUGUAAUAUGUGAAAUAUAUCUAUCAUAUUACAUACAUGCAUUAUGUCACAAAGUCAAUUUAAGUUUGAACGUAAAUCGGGCGGCGUGUCAAGGAAACUGAAACAUGCAGGAAACGUAUCGAAAAUCCGAGAAUUUGAGUUGGAAAAGGUAAAUAUUGCACUUUUACUGUAGUAUAAUAGGUAUACAACUACUCAUUGUUUGAUGAUGACUAAUUAAAUAAAAAUAUUAUUAAUUCAAAAGACAACUAGUCUUAUAGAUACUUUUAUUAUAUUUUAUAUACAAUCUCGUUAAAUAAUUAUAUUUACUUCUUAAUUCAUAUUGAUUGAUUGAUAUCAUAUUCAGACACAGGCACUAUACCUAUUAUCUAAAAUAUACAACGAAUAAAAAAAUAACCUUCUACUUCCAUUGGUUAAAAAAAAAAAUUUUUAUUCUUAUGUACGAUUAUUAAUAAAAAGUGUUUUUAAACAUGUACCUAAAUAUAUGUAUUAUGUUUACAAUUUAUUAAAAAUAAAAUCAAGUUUACUUUUUAAAUUCUGAGCGUAAUGAUUGGUUUUACUUUGAAGUGUUUUUUAUUUUUUUAUUUUUAAAUGACUUUUUUUGUAAGAAGUCUUGCUCCAAUUAAAAACUUUAUAAGAAAAUUCUUGUAGAAUUUUCGAUCUAGUUUGUGCAUUAGGGUUGUCAUUUUGUGUACAUAUUUGCAGUUUUCAUAGUGUAUAGAAAAAUCUUUCAAUUUUUGUUGAUUUCUGAGUUACCUGGGUAACAAGGGAAACAAUACUAUUAUUAAUACGUAUAAUACUCUGCUUGGAAUAGAUUUUAGUUAAAAAUGAUUUAUCGUUGCGUAUAGAUGUAAAUUAAAUUAUUACAUAAGAGUAGGUAUGUCUUUCAUUUCAACUUCUCUCCGAAAAUAGUGGCACAUCCAUUAGAAUUAUCAUUUUUUUUUAAAAUUCAAAGCGUAUUUCGUAUCAGCUAUUUAUAUUUAAGAUUUUACGUAAAAAUAAAAAAAAGUACAAACAUUAUUUCAAAAAACGUUAUUUUAAAUUACUUUUCAUCAUUAUAGUUAAGUUUAUUGUUUAUUGUUAAUUAUUAGUUAUGAUACAAUAUUAUGUGUAAUGGUAUUCGAUUUGUCCGUUUAUUGAUUUCGUCAGUUUUUUUUCCGUCAUAUUAUUAUAAAUAAAGUUUUGAAGCCUUGCUUUUUUAUAGAACUUUGGAUCAGGUUGAUGGUUAGAAAGUCAUUUUUUAUUUUUUUUUUGAAGGUUAAUUUUAUCUAGUUGGUACAUUGAGUAGUUAAUUUUUUGAUUUUCUGAAUUGUUUUUAAAAUAAUUGGUAAAAACCCAAAAGAAAAUUAAAGGUAAAAUGGUAAAUAUGUAUAGCAUGUUGUGACGUUACUGAUUUCAUUAUUUUAAAUUUGUGUAUACGAUGUUUUCCACUAGAAAUAUCGCUAUGAUGAGGUAUAGAUUUAGUUCCUUGUAAUAAAUAUAGCCGCUGGACACAGAAAGUCAUUUUUUGAUAUUUUAAGUAGUUUCCAUAAAAAUUAUGCAAAACUAAAAAAAAGACGAAAAAUACAAUUGUUUUUAUAUAAUAUGGUGGAAUGAUUUUAUCAUUAUUUAAAAUUUUUAAGAUUAUAUUUUUCUACCAAAAAUCUUUGUCGAAAUUUCAAGAAAAGCAUAUUUCUGAAAGAACCCUCUCCUUCAAGACCUAGCCAAAAUUAUCUCACUGGUUUCCAUUAAUAAUAUGUUUUAAUAAUUGUAUUAAAAAUGUAAUGUCCCAGAUUGAAAAAGAAAAAUACAAUGUAGAGAAACUGCAGCUAUAAAAGUGAACAGUUAAAUCUGUUAAUAUGAUAUAUGUGGCAAAUUUAAAUUAAAAAAAACAAAUUACAAUCAAUUUAAAAUUAUUUGUUUUCUAUAUGUGUCACAGAGCCCCUGGAAUGGGAUCGCGGACCGCGGUGCAUAAUUUUGGAACCACUGUUAUAGACUAUAUUAGUAUAGGUACUAUACAUUUUAGUUAUAACUAAUGUCUACUAAUAAGUGUAUUUUAAAUCCUAUUUCGGCCUUUGAAUAUGUGGUCCUAUAUAAUAUAAUUUAGGUACUAUAUAGUAUCUAUACUAAUAUAGACUAUAACAGUGGUUCCAAAAUUAUGCACCGCGGUCCGCGAUCCCAUUCCAGGGGCUCUGUGACACAUAUGGAAAAUAAAUUAUUUGAAGUUGAUUGUAAUUUGUUUUUGUUAGUUAUACAUAUUAUGUAGAUUGAAUGGUUUAAUGUAACGUGUUUAUUUUCCAGGUAGACUUGAUCGAGACAUUUGACAUUGUACAAAUCGUUGGUGAAGGAUGGUUUGGCAAAAUACUGCUGGUCGAACACCGGGGCACGGACAACGAGAUGGUGCUCAAAGCCUUGCCUAAAAACUAUACGGCGAUCAAGGAUUUCUAUCAAGAGUUCCAUUUUAGUUAUCAUCUGAGCGCCCAUCGGAACAUCGUGUCUACGUUCGACGUCGCCUUUCAGACGGCCAGUUUUUAUGUGUUCGCACAGGAAUACGCUCCAUUGGGUGAUCUCACGUCCAACAUAUCCGAUAGUGGAAUCGGAGAGUUGCACAGCAAGAGUGUCGCAAAACAGGUCGGUUAAGACUCUAUAUAUAGUCAAGAAGUCCCAAAAUAUAUAAUAGUAUCAUUAUCAUUAAUGUAAAAUAUAAUCUGUAGACUAUAAUGAGUUGAAACUGAACUAUAUAUAUUAUACAAGGGAAGGUAAUAUUAGUAGACAUUUUUUGAGGCACCAAAUCCUCUAAAAAGUUUUCAUACUUGAUUUCAAAGAUUUGAGUAGAGAUCUGUAAUGAAAAAUAAUAUUAUGAAUCAUAUUAUCAUUGUUAAUCGUUUUGCAUCCAAUUGUCUACUGCAACCUCCAUAACAAAGCGUGAUGAUUUCUGACAAUUAGGUUUCUGCAGUUUUAUCGAAGUAUUAUAUAAUAUUAUAUAAUCUAAUAGUUUAGGAUUUAUUUAUUCACAUUACUUCCCAAUACGAAUCUAAAUUGAUACAGUCACUAAAAUAAAUAUUAUUGUUCAAUUUUGUUAAUCUUGAAACACAUAUAAUCUUGAAUUAUCAUAUUAUUAUUGUAUUAUUAUUUUUAGGCAGGAUAGAAACUCUAGCAAUAGCAAUUUAUUAAGUGGUGCAGGAGUUAACAUUGUUAUCAAAACUUCGUUUAAAUCUUUCCCUAUUUUACCAAAUCCUUAUAUUAUUGAAUAGAUAUAUACAGACUCAAUUGUAUCUUGAUUGGUGCUGUUUAUCUACCUUUUUUUUUUACUACCAAUAAUUGAUUCAUAUAUCUCAUCGGCCGAAGAUUUAUUUUUUUCACUCUCUCCUUUUUUCUAUGUGGUGUCUUUAAUAUUCUUAAUUUUUCUUGGUCUUAUGAAUCUUUAAUACUCCAAACACACAGUAUGUUAACUCUUGCUACUACAAUGACCGUUGAUUCUUUCUCUUUCCUCGAAAUUUUUCAAUUCAACCAAGUAAUCAACAGUCACAAUAGCAUUUUAGACCUUGCUAUUUGAAGUAUACAUAACAGUAGUAUUAGUAUAUCCUCCUUCUAUGGUUAAUCAUCCCUAUUACCUAACUCCCUAGAAAUCACCUAUCCACUACCUACUUCCACCGUUGACACCUACUAUGACUUGAAAUCCGGGGACUAUACUUUCAUUUCUAACUUCUUAUUGAACUCUAACUGACUAGCUACUAUUUGGCUGUUUUGUAUUGAUGAGGCAGCUUUUGUUUUUAAUAAAGAAAUUUACAAUUCUAUCGAUAAAUAUGUUCCCAAAGAAAUAUGUUGCACCCGAAUUUCCAGCCUGGGUUUCAUACAUUAAUAACCUUAAUAACCUAAUAAUUAUUGAAAAAACAUGCACAUCAGACAUUCAAGGGAUCAAAUGAAGCUUCUGAUAAUUUAAUUUCUUUUGAACUUAGGGGCUCAAAAAACUUGAUUACUAUGACUAAAUCAGUAAUACCGAAUUUUUUCUCUCAUCCGCUCGAACCAAAUUUUGGAGGUAUGUCAAGAACCUCCGACAAAAGCUUUUAACUCCUUCUAAAUUUUAUCUAGACAGUACUACCGCAUCAUCAUUAGAUGAUACCGAUUGAAUUAUCUAAAUUAUUCUUAUCCUAUUUUACUUUUUAAUUAAACACUGCUUUUUCUGAGCAUAAAUCUAUACGUAUAUGCGCAUUUUUUUUCGAACUUCCAUCUAAUGUAGACUUUUUUCCUUACGAUAUUCUUCUGAUAAUUUCCAAAUUGAAAAACCGAAAUUUCACUGGGCCUAACGGUUUUUACUUUAUACCUGUUACUACUUGCUCAUGUAUUCCAUCUACCUUCUAUAUGCGCUUCAUGGAUGAGGAAAUUUCCCAAAUAUUUGGAAAAUUUGUUCUGUAUCUCCUACUCUUAAAGCAAGUGACCUAUUUAAUGUCUCCAACUAUCGACUUAUUUCCAUUCUUUACUAUUUAUCUAAAAUGUCUGAAUAGUCCUUACAAAAACUAAGAGUAGUCUAAAAUCUAAAGAGGUAUUGGGUUUCAUAAAACACAAUACUAGAAGCACGGAAAUAUUUCGCACGAUGGGUGAGUCACUGUUGUAAGUGAGAAGUUGGAAGGGUAGGAUAUAGAAUGGAAUUUAAUUUAUACCUGUACGCAACGAAAAGCUAUUGCUAACAAAAAACGAUUUGGAGUAAAGUUUCUUUUAUACAUAUAGUACGUACAUUUUCUCGUUUUCUCAAUUAUUAAGAAAAAUGUUUGGAAUAUCAAAAAAGGACCAUCUUUAAGUAUUUUUUUAUAGAAAAGGUACUAGACUUGAACUAGUCUAAAACUUGACUUCUGAUAAUUGCCUCCUCGCUCUCUAUUUAGCUUUAGUCAGUUCAAUUUUAGAGUAUGGUGUGAUGGUUUAGCAUUCUUAUCUUGCGAAGGACCAACUAAGAUUAGAGCAUAUGCAUUAAUUUGUUCUUAAACUUUAACAUCCUCGUCAUGACUAUUCACUUAUCCUUAAUGUACUCAAAAUUCAUACUUUUUCCACCCGGCACCUCGACGCCGAUUCCAAUUUCAUUUCUUCCCUUCUUAACGUAUCUAUAGAUGCUCUUGACUUACUAUCCUUCAUAUACUUCCACGUUCUUUUAUUCAAAGCUAGAAGCCACUAGCUAUUUGAAAGUCUUAAUCACACAACUUCUUAUGGCUAUUACCCCAUUUACAGGAUGCUACAUGUAGUUAACCAUUCAAUACUUUAAUCUUGUUUUAGCUUAAUAUUUAUUAUAUGUAUAUAUUUUGUAAUCACUGUAUAUUUUGUAUCUGUUAUUUAUCAUCUUGUACAAAUUGCCGGCCUAGGUGUUAAUAAAUAUGAAUAAUGAUGUAUUCUAUCAUUUUUAAUUAGCUAUAUAGUGUUUAAAAACUCCAUCCUGGCUACGUGCCUAUAUAAGUAUGGUAUAUUGUAUAUAAUAAUAUAAGUAUACGAUCUAUGUUUUAUUGGCAUGUGCAUAGUGGUUAAUCUAUUAAAUUUAUCUAUGCCAGCAGAUAGGUAAGCACAUUAUUAUGAUCGUUGGUGCAAUAGGCCGAUGAGUAAAGUUGUGUUAUUUAUUAGAUUUUGUUUUGAAUACGGAUUGCUAGUUAAAUAUAUCAUACUAGUGUCGUAGUUAGACACAUAUCGCCAGUACCCCUCCCCCCGAACUUUCUUUUUUUUGUUAUUUGUUAUGCUGUAGUACAGAUUACACAAAUUCAUUAUAUUCAUAAAGUUUAUUAUUAGUAAUACUAUUUCAAGUAUUAGAAAAUAUAUUGGUUUUUAUUUUUAUGAAUAACAUCUGAAUCAUUAAUUGCAGAAAGGGUACAUUUCCAAUUUCAGAAAAAAUCGGGUUAUUACCGAAUUUGUAAUUAUCUACCUUGAAUACAUAUUUUGUGUGAAAAUAAGACUAUUCCAUCAAAUUGUUAAGGCAAUAUAAACAGCUUAAUAUCUUGAUAAAAUACUGUGAUAACGUGGUUUUUGUAUUUUAUGGGUUUUUGUUCAGAUAUUAUCAUUAUCAGUCAAUAAUUUUCGUCCCGUUGUUUAUUUAUGUUAUUUUGAGUCAAUCUAAUUCUGAAUUUGUGUUAUGAAAAAUAAUAUUCUAUCUUUUUGAUUUUAAAAUAUUCAUGAAUUAUAAAAAAAAAAAAAAAAAUAUUUCACCGAUCAAGUUACUCAAGAAAUGUAAAAUUGGAGAACUGCAACUGCAUAUUUCUUAAAUGUUCUAUAAAACAAAUUUCGAAAAUAAUUAAUGUUUUUCGAGAUAAUGAGUGUCUUACGCUAGAUUGAUCACCCUGUUUAUCGAAAUGUAAAUACAUUAUUAUACGAGCCUAGAAUAUUGUAAAAAUAAUAUAUGUACUUUUAAUAUUACACUAUAUGCAUGUUUACUGUCCAUUUUGAAAUUAGUCAUGUUAUAAUAGUAUGACACAGUAUAAUACAUAUUAUAUACAUACACUUUUAGUUGGUUUCAGCGAUCCAGUACAUCCACAGUUAUGAUUUGGUGCAUAGAGACAUCAAACUAGACAACAUUUUAGUUUUUAAGAGCGAUUUUUCGAGAAUAAAACUCUGUGAUUUCGGAGAGACGAGAAAAAACGGCAGUUGGGUAACGCGUAGAAAUGAAUGGAUCCCUUAUAUGCCUCCUGAAAUCUUAGCCACAGACGCCGAACACAAAUACAAGUAAGAUAGACAUUAUUAAUAAGUACUUAUAUAAAAUCUAAAUAAAUCUAUCUUUUCAACAAUUGAUUUCCCACAUAUCAAUAUUUCUAAAUUAUACAAAUUGAUAAAUUAUAAAUUAUAUUAUUCUUAAAAAUACAUGUAAUUUAUAAGAUCAUAGAAAAAUCAAAAUUAAUUCAGUAAAGAAAUACAUCAUUACUAACAAUAAAAUCGUAUGUAUCACAUAGGUAAUAUCAUUCAAGUGAAUAUUUAUAUAAGUUGUUAACUGUUUUAUUCAGGUAUUUUACUUUUAAAUUAAUUACUUACUAUCUUUACAGCUUGUUAAUAUCCAGCAUUGAAUUUUAACUGAUUUAAUUUUUUUCUAGGGUUGAUUAUAUAACCUAUCGAUUCAUAAAUUGUGUAUUUUAUUUUUUUACACACCAAGUAACUUUCAGAUACUUAGGUAUAGUUAUAUAAUAAUAACAAUAAUAUAUGAAGCAACCAAAAUUACAAAAUAAAGUAAACACAGUAACAAAGUAACAUAAAGUUGCAAUAUAGGAUGAAUUUGCAUUCAUCCUAUAAGCCAAGCUUGUGUCGGACGAGUUGAGUUCAUAAAUUAAAUAAAGUUAAUAAGAUUAAACAAACAACAUAAAACUUAAAUAAAGUACAGAAUCAAAAAGUUAAACUAUUGUAUACGAAAUACAUGAUUUUUAUAAUGCUUGAAAUUAGUAAAAGAGAUGACAUUUAUUUUAAAUGUAUGUAAUAAUAAAAUCCCUAUAAUUAUAGGGUUAUAAUUCCUAAAUUUUGUUUUAUUAAAAUGUACAUUAAGGUUAUUAUUGAUGUUUAAUCUUGUAUUAUAAGUGUGAGAUGGUUGAUAAUCACUAAUAAUAGAUUUAAUUUUAAACAUAUAUAAUAAAGUUUGAUAUUCAUAUUGUAAAUUAAAAGUUCGAAUAUUAAGAUCAGAAUAUAAUAAAAUAGUUGAAUAUUAUUUAGGUUUACUUUAAAUAAUUUUAAUUAAAGAAUUAAUAGCAAUAUUUAAGACAUUAAUGUGGCUAGAAUAAGUACUACCUCAUACCAAUGAAAUAUAAGUAGACAGAUUGUGUUAAAGCUAAAAAGACGACUCUUAAAGAUUUUAAGUUUAAUAUAUUACAUAGUAUUUUAAAUUUAUAAAACAAUUUUCUGAUUUCAUUAUUAACUGAAUAGAUAUGUUCUAUAAAUUUUAGCCUUUGAUCAAUAAUUAUACCUAGGUAUUUCACAUUAUCAACUCUAUCUAAAUUAAUAAAUUUGCAAGGUACAUUUAAAUAUAUACAACUAUAAGAAUGUGUACAAAUAUAAAAGUUUGUAUAUUUAUGUAUAUUUAGAGUAGAAACUUCACACGACGUUUGGCAAUUUGCGGUCGUGCUGUUCGUGUGUUUGACUGGGUGUUUGCCGUGGCAGAAAGCCAGUUCCGAAGAUCCGAGAUUCGUUAGUUACGUUUAUUGGAUGUCCAGCAACGGUUUAAUGAGCCCGUUCAGAAGGCCUAAACUCUUUAAGAUGCUGACGUCCAACGCGCAAAGAAUGUUUCGAAAGUUCUUACAGCCUAAUGUACAUACUAGGCCUAGUGUUUUGGACGAAGUGCAGAAUUUCAUUGACGAACGAUGGCUAUCCAAGUACAUGUUGGAUAAAAGCAAAGGUACUUAUCGUGCGAAUAUUCGAGUGAUUUUUUUAAAAUUACCUAAAUAAUUACAAUCAAUUUUUUUGACACUAUCUAUACUAAAUAAUAUUUCAAUGCUUUAUAUGUGGGGUAUUUUAUACCUUUUUUUAUGGUUUAUACUAUUUAUUAGGAAAUAUAGAGAGUAUCAAUAUUACAAAAAUUAAAAUCAAAGCACCAAAAUAUAAUUUUAAAAAUUUAAAAAGAAAUUUUGUAAAUCGUAAGAAAAUUUUAAUGAUUUAGCUUUUUAGCUUAAGUAAUUUCUGAAAAAAUACAAUUUGUAUUUGUAUUCUGGUUUUAGUGACACAAGUGGUAUAAACAAACAAUGAUCAUGAUGAUUUUUUUUUUUGUAACUGUUUGAAAGUAUAUGCAUUACAUAAAAUACCCGGCUGUUUUAGUUGGGCCUCCUAAUUAAAUGCAAUUUAAUAACAAUCGUUCAUUAAUAAUAAUGUAUACAAGAAAAAAUAAAACAAUAAAAUGAAAUAUACAAUUAGUAUAAUAAUAAUAUCUAUGUAAACAAGUAUGAAAUUACAAUUCAUUUUGAAUGAGUUAAAAUUUGGUGAUAUGGACAAGUCGAUAUUUAAUUAAUUUAUAGUUUUCAUAAUAUAGCAAUAAAUGGACUUUAUUAAAGCUAAUGAAUCAUUAAAAUCAGCAUAAUUUCGACGAAUAAAGCGAAAGAUUUUGUUUAAUCUAUUAACAAUGUUGUUAAUAUAUGACAUUCAAAAUUAAGUUUAGGAUCAAAAAAAAUAUGAAGGUCUUUUGAGAGUAUAUUGAUAAUAAUGAUAAAUUAAUAAUUUAAUCUAACCUAUUCACCUACUUACCUACUUCGGAUAAAUGAUAAAUUCACAGUAAAGUAUAUUCACAGUAAACCGACAUUGUAGAACAGUGAGUAUGAUGCACCUAAAUUUUAAAUAUGAAAACAAUUAGAAAGAUGUAUUUUAGCCAUUUUAAUAUUUUGAGUUGGUCACUAUUAUAAAACAUUACUUUUAUUUUACAUAUUUUUAAAAACAAAAUUAAAUGCACACUAAAAAUGUCAGUUAUUAUACAGGUAUUAGAGAAUUAAAUUUUUUUUUUUAUUCAAUUCGAAAACCUCAGUAUGAAUACUAGGUAGACACCAGUUUCCCUACCUAUGGGUAGGGCUAAGUGUGUUUCCGCCUCCUUCUCCAUUUACCAUGUCAAAUACAAAAUAAUGAUAAAAACUAUUCAGAAUUGACAAAUUAUCACUAAUAAAAUAAUAACCAUUGCAUAUUUGCAUUACUUAUUCUAUUUAAUUCAUUUAUUUUGCAAAAUUUUAAUAUUCUAAGUGGAGCGAAGAAUGAAUUGGUUUUACAAUGAUGUUUUUUUUUUACCUCUACCAGAAAUCUUGCUCCAAUAUGUGGCACCAGGAAGGAAAUAUUGCCUAGAUGGUACUUUGAGGAGGUUAAUGAUUUUCCAAGCAAUUUUCUGCUGGGAAAAUGUCUGCUGAUAAAAUGUCGGAAAAAUUGGAAAAUUACGAAAAUAAUAGUUUUUUAAUUCAGCUUUAAAUAUUCGUAAUUACUUGAAAUUCGGACAAAAACUUAUUUUUUCCUUUUAUAGACGUGGUAAAACUAAAAACAUUUGAGCUAUAUUUGAGUAUUUAUAAAUAUUUAAAUUUUUAAAUUUUUAUUUGGUAGGUACUCAAUGAAUAAAAUUGUUAUGUUAGCAAAAUGCUUGAAAACUGAACAGGAGGUUAAUUAUAAGUCGCAAUUUGCGACCAAAAUAAAAAAAAUUGAAUUCAAUGUAGUUUAUCUUUUUUUAUAAGAAUAUUAUUAUCAAAUUUUGGCGAAAAUCGUUUUAGUAAAAAUGAUGGGGAACAAGUAGAACAAAUCUAGUUACUGAUCCAUACAAAUAAUUUCAAUAUAUAUUUAUUUUACUAUAAUAUGACAUAUAUAUUAUUGAAAAAGCAAUACUAUUUAACUGAGCUCCACUCAGAAUCGUUUUUCGUUAAAUUAAUCUUUGAUUACAGAUAUACAUUAAAUUCACCUCUAUAUCCUACCUUCUCAACUUCUCAUUUACAACAGUUCCACCCAUUGUGCGAAGUAUUUCCGCCUUUUUUUUUCUUUAGUUAAGGUUUUUUAGUUUAGCCCCCCUUCCAUUGAAAAAUCCUGCGUAUGCCACUGGUAGAUAGGUACUUAUUUCGAUUUGGCGAGUAAUUUUCUAAUUAAUCUAUGUCCACUCUUAAUUAAAAUUAUCUAUUGUUAUUUAUUCUCAUUUAUGUUGUACCAUUUAACAGUUUCAGAUGAUAUCGACGAGCUGAGUCCCUCUCUGUACAGUUAUCAGACGGAUCAGGAGGAGAAUAAGAAAUUUAUGUUGGCCUUUUCCAAUUGUGGGAUCGAAACGGUCGUCGUCGAUAGAGCGGCGAAAAAAGAACGUAUAAAACAGUGGAUCCAGUCAAGUGUCAUCGAAGAAGAGGACGAAGGGAAUUCCUGCAGCGAAGAAACUGGUGAUAAUAUACUGAAUGUUUCCCGUAAGAGUAGCAGCGAUACCGAAGAAAACGAAUUGUACGCGUUGACUACCACUAAACGUGAUGCUUAGAAUUAUUUGGAUUUGACCAAUAUUUGUAAAAUACCGCCAAAUAAAUUAAAAAUCAUCCUUUAAAAAUUACACCCUUGUCCAACUCGCGGAAAAAUAUUUUUGGCGUCAGUCAAAAAGUUAAUGUUAUAAGUUGUGCUAAAACUUGUGGCAAUUUCGAUUUGACGAUUAUUAAUGUGCACUGGAACUGCACGAGUAUGAUACUUAUAGAAUACUACAAGUUUUUCAAUUCAAAUAAGACAAUAUUAUGAAUUGGGAUUUACCAUGGAAAUGUAAAUCUAUUAUUCAUUUUUUUUUUUAUUACAUGUAUUAAGAAUAUCUCAGAAACACGGUUCGCAUGGAUAUUAGCAUCAUUGCGCCAAAAUUAACGGCUGGUAUAGUCGGUGAACACUCAUUUAUGCCAUUAGUGCUAUUAAAUCGAAUAUAUUGCACUACACCAGUUCAUCGAGUUUUUACUUUCUGUACAAAUGGUGCGUUAAAUCGAAAACGAUAUUAAGCCUUUCCAUUACUGCGCCGGUUGUGUUUUAUUGUAAGAUUUCCUACUACGAUUCAGCUGUAUAAAUAUAGCGAAUGCAUAUCAUGUCUUUGAAUGAUUAAUGUAACUGAAUUGUAACUAUAUUACAAGUUUAAACUCAUAAUAAAUUAUUUAUUGUAAAUAUAAAUGUAUUGCAACUAUUAUAAAUUAAAAAUGUAUGUAAUCAAAUUGUACUGUGUUUUAUG